GGAUGAUUGGUCAUAAAUGUCGGAUGGUGUUCGACAUAACCAACCAUGUUGCAGGGGGAGUGAUGCUGAUCGUGGGAUUGGGGUCUAUGGAGAGAUGAUUAUGGAAUCCAUGGGGCGUUGUGCCAAGUCUUAUUGUAAGAGGAGAGUUAAUUGUGUGCUGGUGGUGGCUGACAUGGAAGAAGCUUGUAAGGAUUUCAGUUCUGGUGAUUUGAAGCAUGUUGAAGCUAUAAAGAUGAUCUUUCACUCCCCAUCCAUUAGGAGAUCAAAUGAGAACCCAAUGUUGAUACUGACACAUGGCGACAUGUUAACUGCGAAGGAGAGGGUGGAAAACCAGGCUGAAGCUAUGCAAAUGUGUGGUGAUCCGGUGUCGGCAUUUGUAUGGUGA